GAAAGUCAUAUUCUUAUCUACCAUCUUUUCUUUUUUUUUCUUCUUCUUCUUCUUCUUCUAUUGUUGUCUAUCUCAUUUCAUCUUUUAUUUUUUUAAUCCCUUAAAUGAAGACUUCAAGACAUGUUAACCAACGAAAACAAUCUACCUUAUCAAUAACCAAUAAACCUAUAUUCAAAAUACCAAUCAACUUACCCAAACAUGUUUCUUCUUCAAGUUCUAUAUUAUCACCAUCUAUUCCAUCUUCUACAAUGUCAACUGAAAUACAAACUAUUGCCUCUACUAUGAAACUACGUACGAAAGCUGCUCUUAGUUCAAUGGUUUGGAAAGGGGAAAAUCAAGAUUUACUCUCUUCUAUUGUAUCAACUUCUACUACCACUACUACUAGUAGUAGUAAAUCCACUGUUGAUCAUGAUCUACCAAUCAAGUUUUCACGACCUAUACUGAAAAAUCUUACCUUAUUGAAACAAUAUCUUUCCUUUGUCCAAGAAGAAACUGGUGUUAUUAUGAAUAUAUCAUCAUCUUCAGUUAAAGAACCUUCUUGUUUACCAUCAUUAUCAUUCCAACAUCAACCUCAUUCCUUGGCUUCAUCUGGUGCUUCUAUGAUUGAAUCUAUGGUUCACCAUUCUAUGUCAAAAAUGGAAAUCUCCCUUCAAAACGAUGUAACGCCACUUCCAAGCUCAAUAACAAUAGCAUCAUCAUCAUCAGGUCAUCAACGAAAACAAACUCGACCCUUGAAAUCUAUCAGUAAUCUCAAUAAUAUAAAAUCGGAUGAAGAAAAACAACUCAAGAAAUCAGAACGUUUACGACUGAAACAACAACGUAAACCACGAUGGACAUCUCUGACAACGACGAUCAACAAAAACAGCAAAAAGGAUACGGCUGUGAUUCAAUGUAUUUGUGCUACGCCGCAUGAAGAAUUUGGCGCAAUGGUACAAUGUGACGAUUGUACAUGUUGGUUACACUUGGAAUGUCUCGCUUUGGAUGAACAUGCUUUGGAUGAGACUUUCCGUUGUCCUUCUUGUUAUAUUACUUUGGGUCCUAGUCAUCAUCUUACUAGUGCUGUCACUUGGCGAUUUGCUGCUCAAUGGAAAUCUGAACGAUUAGCUGCUCGGCGUGGUAAUGAUACUCGAUCUUCUUAUCAUCAUCGACGUCAUACUUCAUUUGGAUCAUCUCAACGACCAAUUUAUUCACAAAAGCAACGCAAACACCAUCGUUUAUACUCUGAAAAACAACGUCGACGAUAUACCUUACCAACACAAGAUGAAUCUUCAUCUUCUUCUUCUGAUGACGAUGAUAUGAAUGAUCAACAACAAACUUGGAUGAUUCCUAAGAUGACGAUUCAUUCUUCUAUCAAUACUACCAUGACAACUCCUUCUGGAAAUGUACUCGUACAGACCCUUUCGAAUAAUACAAUGGAUCGACCAUCAGAUAUUAGCAAUGAUAUGGAUGUGGAUUCAGAUACAACAGAAUCUGAUUGGGAAGUGAAUUAUCGUUAUGGUCAACAACGAUUAGAUGUCUCUUCUAUCAACACUUCACCAUCUCUUGUACUCUCUGCUAGUAGUGAUAUGGACAGCCCAAGUGAAGCAAGUACACCAGAUGAACAUUUUGGUCAUGAUGAUUCCUAUGUACAUGUGAUGGAUACAACUGAUUCUGAAGUGAUGAUGCUGUCUACCACGGCAACAUCGGCAUGCUUAGAUCAAGAAAGUUUGCUUUGGUUAUCACGUUUAGCUUAUUUGGAAUCAUUACAAUCAAAUUCUGGACAACAAUGUUUUACACCUCAUGCAUCCGAUGUAUUCCUAUGUGAUGAGUUACAACAUUUCAAACAAGUUGGAACAAUGACAGAUCAAGAAAACAAGAAUUCCUCUUGUGUGCCACUCUUAUCUCCUACGUUAUCGACAACAACAAUAUCAACAACGCCUGGAAUGGCUACUCCUCGGUCUGAUCCUCCUUCUACCAUUUGUUCUCAUGAUCUUUCUCAAUUUUCUUUUGAUGCUGGACCCUUCUGGAGCCCUAUUCAAUAACUUGUUCUCCUACCUCCCUUUAUGUGUAUAUAUUUAUCCUCUCUUUCUCUCUUUCUCUUUCUCUCUCUCUCUCUCUCUCUACCUUUCUCUUGGAUUCUAGUUUUAAUUUAUUCCUUUACUAGUGUAUUAUACUUAUCUUUU